CAGAUGAUGGACCUGUCUGACAAGCUGCUACUCUGCAACCAUCUAUACCAAGCAACACAGCUCCCUGCAAACGUUUGUGGUUCUUCCCUCCCGAACGACGUUGUCAUGUUGAUGGCAGUGGUGAACCGGAAUCCUAUGAUGGACCUGUCCCACAAGCUACUACUCUGCAACCAUCUAUACCAAGCAACACAACAUUUGAAGACUGUUCCAACAGUUACAUGGAUCUGGUGUUUCUGCUUGACUCGUCUGGAAGUGUUGGACGUGCCAAUUUUGAUCGUUUAAAGAAAUUGAUCAUCGAAGUCGUAAAAGAUACAAGUAUAGACGACGGAAAGGUCCGGGUUGGAGUGGUCACUUUCUCCAGCUCCUCCCAUGUUGAAUUCUAUCUGAAUUCCUACAAUUCAAGAAACGAUAUUGAGAGUGCUAUUAAAAACAUCAAUUAUAAACAGGGAAAUACUAAUAUUGCGUCCGGCCUUAAAACAGCAAACACCAACGUUUUUCAAACAUGGAACGGGGACAGAAAAGAUGUCAGGAAUGUCCUGCUUCUAUUAGUUGAUGGACGGUCAAAUAUGGAAGAAAGUCAGACCAUCCCUGCUGCCACCAUAGCAAAGAAGUCAGGUAUCCACAUAUUUGUUGUGGGUAUAAAGCAGGCUAAUAAUACUGAAUUAAAGGCAAUUGCAAGCGGACCACCGGGGAAGAAUAUGGUUAACGUACAAAGUUUCAAUAAGCUUGAUCAAAUGAAGAAGCUUGUCUCCAAAUAUAUGUGUACAGGUCUUCGGUCUGUGACUACAGCACAACCAUCACCUAGGGCUACAACUCGGACAUCACCUAGGGCUACAACUCAUACAUCGCCUGUGGCUACAACUAAGACAUCACCUGUGGAUACAACUCAGACAUCACCUGUGGAUACAACUCAGACAUCGCUUGUGGUUGCAACUCAGACAUCACCUGUGACUACAACUCGGACAUCACCCGUGGUUACAACUAAGCCACCAUCUGUUGCUACAACACAGCCAUCAUCUGUGACUACACCGAUGCUCACAACAACAACUUCUACACCAGUAUCGCCACCAUAUUUUCCAAAAGGUUGCAACACGUCCAACGCUUGUUACCGUCAGUGUGAGCGAGUGGCAUCCUCUAUCCCCAAGGUUAGCGAUGACGUGAUCAAAGAUCUCCGGCUUCCCAAACGUCAACUUUCCAAGCAGAUCGGCAAGAAAACUUCCACUCCCAACCGCUCUGAGAGUCAACAGAUGACUGGAAAGGUGGUAUUCAUUGUCCUGUUGGCUCCAUGUGCCUUCCUGUUAGGAUGGGACCUCCUCGACCUCCUGAGGUACAUCGACAGAAAACGAUAUUCGAAAUUAGGAUUACAGUGCUAAUUUGCAUUUUAACUACAACCAUUUCGUUGUAUAAACGAACAUUGAAACUGUUUUUUAAUUGAUAAUUUGGCAUCGAUAUUAAAGACUAAAGGCGAAAAUCAAUGUACGUACACGCUAUUUUUGUCUUGUUAUCGUUGUUGGGAACGUUCACGGAAGAUUAUUAUCCCCCUCCCCCGGGGACGCCUCGUAUAGUCGACGCCUGGUCUGUCUGUCCGUCCGCCCGCCCGCCCGUAAUCAUUUUGUGCCGUUUG